GUGACUCGACUCAACCCGGAAAUUUGAAGGACCGCUUUUUGAAAUUUGGGAAGAAAGUUUUCUGCCUAGGGAGUCCAAUAUUUUUUGAAGUAUAAUCUAUCGGAUUUAAUGUCCUUUCAAGAGAGAUAUUGCAAAUGCUUCCGGUCCUGAUCUAUGCGCUUUCGCGUGAACACUAAUUUCUCUUUUCAAACAGGGUCUUAGGUGAACACUCGGACGCCAUUCAAGAUGCCACAACAGGACAUUGUGAAGAUUGCCAUCCAGAUGCCCGGGGCGUACCCUCAGCUCAUUCAACUGGACCAGAAAAAGCCCCUUUCUGCUGUUAUAAAGGAAGUUUGUGAUGGGUGGAAUCUUCCGGGCCCAGAAAACUAUGCCCUCCAGUAUGCUGAUGGUGUUCAGACCUACAUCACUGAGUCUAAUCGUCUGGAGAUAAAGAAUGGAUGCAUUCUCCGUUUGACCAAGGCACCAGGCCGUUGCGCUGAGGACCUUUACAAGGGCAUCCAGAGCUCAGACUCGGGGGUGCGCUGUGAUUCGCUAAAGCAGCUGGCCUCAGUGUCCACGGACGUCACUUUUGCCCAGGAGUUUAUCAGCCGUGACGGCCACCUUCUGCUGGUGAAGAUCGUGGAAGACUCAAACGAGGUGCCUCUGAUCAUGACGCACACACUCACGGGCUUCAUGGAGCUGAUGGAUCAUGGGAUUGUGUCUUGGGAAAACCUCUCCGCUGAAUUCAUCAAGAAGAUUGCCAGCUUCGUCAAUGCCAAGGCGAUGGACGCGUCCAUCCAGCAGGUGUCCCUGGCCAUCCUGGAGAGCAUGGUGUUGAGCAGCAGCAGCCUCUUCCAGCUGGUCAAGCAGGAGGUCACCAUGGAGAGACUCCUUUCACAUCUGCAGGUAACAAACCAACAGAUCCAAACCAAAGCCAUGGCCCUCCUCAUGGCGUUACUGCAAACAGCUGGAGAUGCAGACAGACAGGAACUGUUUGUUUUCCUUGCGAAGAAGAAUCUUCGACAGUACAUCUACAAGAACAUCAUCCAUAGUUCUGCAUCCGUGGGGGACGAGAUGGCCCACUACCUGUACGUCCUGCAGUCUGUCACUCUGAACCACCUGGAGCUUCGUAUGAGGAUGCCUCUGGACUCAUACAACCAGGACCAGAGAGAAAUUCUACACAACCUCCGGCAGGCAGCCUUUGAGACGGAAAGUGAGAAUAGCUUGAGUAAUGAGCGACGGCGGUCUCUCUGUGCCAAGGAGUUCAAAAAGCUGGGCUUCUCUAACAACAGCAACCCGGGUCAGGACCUGCUGCGGACCCCUCCGGGCCUGUUGGCCCUGGACACGAUGUCCUACUUCGCCUCCCGCUACCCAGAUGCCUACAGCAGGUUUGUCCUGGAGAACAGCAGCAGGGAGGACAAACACGAGUGCCCGUUCGCACGCGGCAGCAUUCAGCUGACCCUCAUCCUGUGUGAGAUCCUCCGAAUCGGAGAGCCCCCCUCUGAGACUGGUUCAAACUACCACCCAAUCUUCUUCUCUCAAGACCGGCUGCUGGAAGAGUUGUUCUGCGUCUGCAUCCAGCUGGUCAACAAGACCUGGAAGGAGAUGAGAGCUACGCAGGAGGACUUUGACAAGGUAAUGCAGGUUGUGCGUGAACAGAUCACCAGGACCCUGUCCAGUAAGCCCACGUCUCUGGAGCUGUUCAAGAACAAGGUCAACGCCCUCAACUACAGCGAGAUCCUCAAACUGCGCCAAACCGAGCGGCUGCACCAAGAGGAGACGCUCGCGCCGCCUGUGCUGGAGCUGAAGGAGCGCUUGAAGCCUGAGCUGUUGGAGCUCAUUCGCCAGCAGAGACUGAACCGCCUGUGUCAAGGAACACUGUUCCGCAAGAUCAGCAGCCGACGCCGACAAGAUAAGUUGUGGUAUUGUCGUCUGUCGCCCAAUCACAAAGUCCUACACUUUGGUGAUGUGGAGGAAGAAACAGAAACCCCUGCCAUUGAGGGUCUCCAGGAGAAGAUUCCUGUGGCCGACAUCAAAGCGCUGCUGACGGGGAAGGACUGCCCACACAUGAAGGAGAAUAAGGGCAAACAGACCAAGGAAGUCUUGGACCUAGCUUUCAGCAUUACAUAUGACGUGGAGGAGUACAGCCUCAACUUCAUUGCCUCGUCCAGAAUAGAUUUCUGUCUGUGGACGGACGGACUGAGUGUGCUUCUCGGACGGGACAUGAGCAGUGAGUGCAUGAGGAGUGAGUUGGAGAUUCUACUCUCCAUGGAGAUCAAGCUCCGCCUCCUAGACCUUGAGAAUGUGCCCAUCCCUGACAACGCCCCCCCGGUGCCCAAACCCCCUAGCAACUACAACUUCUGCUACGACUUCAGCCAGACGGAGCAGUAAGCCUGAGACCGGGAAAUGACAGGGCAGAUGAGGCAAUCUCAGGACAAUGUAACAUUAGUGUUCAGACAGAAACGUAUUAAGUAGAACAGAUAUGAUCACCUGUCCUGUGGAAUAGGGAAUCAUGUAAGCUCUAUUCAUUGUCUUUCUAUCUGUACACUUCAAAGCGUUUUGUGUCGGCAUUUACCUGAUAUAGGCCAAACCCUUGGACAUAAAAACACGAGGAAGAGCGGCGGCGUAAGGCUGGACGGGCAUAUAUUCAAAAAGCAGAGGCUAAGUUGUCAACGUGAAUGGGUGGAGUAAUGCAGAAUAUGCCAGAGGCUGAAGGUGUUCUCUUGGGUACUAUUGGAGUCGGUAAUCUUUCUGGGUGUGGUCACUCAAGUGUAUUGUAGCUGUACAACUGACACACAAUGAAAUGCCUCUAAAGAGAGAUUCUUUUUCUGUUGAAUGCUCAAGGCUUUAGAAUUUCUUUUCUUCAGUGUUUGUCAUCCUUACCUCGGUUUUCACCUCCAUGACUCCCACCUUUCAAAGAUCUGUGUGUACUGUUUGGAUAGUCCCUUUUUACAUUUUUUUGUACAUAUAUUUUGAUUUUUGUACUUUUUUCGGGGUGUUUUACACAAACUGAUAGCUUUUGAGACAGGGUGAGAUUAUUUGAUACAUAGAUUUUUGGAGUUCUGAAAUGGUACUUAAAUGAAUCUCUUACUGCUCAUGUAGACUGUUCUAAAGUGGUACUGUAAUCAUUUGAAGACAGAAACAAGAAAAUAGAGAUGUGAUUUUUGAAGAACGCUUCUAGUCCCAUGUACGGUGGCUCUCAAACGUUAUUCAACCCUUUUUCUGUUUUCCACAUUUAGUGUUGCAACAUGAAAUCAAAAUGGAUCUACACUGAUCUACUCAAAAAAGUCCAUAAUGCCAAAGUAAAAUCUGCUAAUUGUUCUCAAUUCAUUACUAAUAUAAAUAUAAAAUCAUAUUCUGCAUAAAUAUUCCCCCUUUUGAGCAACUAAUUGACUUCAGAAGUGUAGAGGAACACCAACUACUUUCUUUUUAGAUAGAACUCGGAGAUCCUGAGUUAGCGGCAGACUUCAUCAAGAUGAUCAUCGAGAGAACACUUGUCAGAGUUGCUCUGGCCUACCCCAGUUACACACAAGCUAAUAUUCCUAAAUUAAUUCAUUUAUGCGGCUUAAUCUGCCCUGCAACGGCUUUCCUCAAUUUCUGAUAAACGACAGCCUUCAACCUUCUUUCAGGAACCGUAAACCUACAUCUCAGUUCCAGGUAAUGUGUGUUAUGAUAUUUAUCUUCUCAACCGCUUUCCUGUUCUCUACCUGCGUCCUGCUCUCUUCAGCUCUUGCCCUGUGUGUUUGCAUAGCCCAAUGGAAAAUAUAAUUUUGCACAGGCCUUAAAAAAGUUAAGGUAGAGCAUACAAUGUGCUUUCUUGAUUUUGCCGUAACGGAAGUUACAUCUAGUUGUGCAAUCAAGGUGUUUGUCUCUAGGAAGUCCCACAGUUGAUUUGUACGAUUCACUACUAUGAAGACAAAGAAACAUUCAAAGCAAAUCUGCAAUAAGGUUCUACAAAAAUGCCAAUUAUGGGAAAGGAUAUAAGAACAUUUAUGAAGCAAUGAAUAUCCCCAUGGAACACCAUAAAGAACAGCAUUAAGACAUGGAGAGAAUAUGGAACAACAAUGAAUCUCUAGUACAGACUUUCCUCAAAAAAGUGUCCAGGAGGGAAUGUGGAAAGCGUGGAAAAUUGCUGUUCAUCAAAGGUCCGCAUCUAACUUAGUAAAGCUGGAGCAAUUUGGCAAAGAAGAGUGGGAAAAUAGUGCUGUGGCCAGAUGGGCCAAGGUGGUAGUGACUCAACCUAAUAAAUGUCUGUAAUUACUGCCAAUGGUCCCUCUAGUAAAUAUUGACUAGAGAGGAUGAAUGCAAAUGCAAUCAACCGUUUUCUGAUUGUGUUUGUAAUUUAGAAAUAAAAAAGCUUUUUUUAUUUUUUUUACUUUGACUUGGUUCUUUUUAUGUUGAUCAGUGGCAAAAAAACGACUAUAAAAAUUAUUUUUCAUUUCAUGUCAUAACACAAUGUCAGAAGGUUCAAGGGGGUGAAUACUUUUUAAAGCCACUGUUUAUACAAAUUUUUACUCAGGCUUCAUGCCAGUUAACAUUCAUAUUUAUAAUAUAUGAAAUAAUUAAUCAUGUACAGAUAGCAUUUUAGUUGGUGACAUUGUCUUAUGUAAAACUCUUUGAGAAUACAUCAGAGACCCUCCCAUGAGCUGGUUUUGAUGAUGGGACAUGAUUGAUCAUCUCUACAUUUUAAAUAAGGUCGCUAGGUUCAAGGGCUUACGUUGAAACGGUUCCAUUUCAGGCAGUUUUGUUAGUCAGAGAACAGUACAACCACUUGUCGUAACGCUGUUUAGGGUAGGUACGUACAGAUGAGCAUUUUGUAAGUCUGAGUCCAUGAUUUAGCUAACGGACGAAGUUUGUAUCCCUGCUAUUCAUUCUGUUGGCUUUGCACCCUCUCUUGCUCUGAAGCUGCACUUGUAUUAUGAAUUUCAGUUCAUUCCAAAUGUUGAUCAAGUUAAAAAACAUCACGUUAAUGUUUUUCUAUAGGGCACCGGGCAUUAGUUUCAUGACAGAUCUCAGCUUAUAACAUUUUACUGUAAUAUACUGUAAAACAGUAAUCAUAUGUCCUGACAACGUGAAGGGCUUCGACUCUUCGUAAUUCAAUCUCAACAGCUAGUGAGAAAGGCAGUAAACCCAUGAUGCUAAUGAUUUUUACAGUAAUUAAAUGUAAAAAAAAAAAAGUGGACCUUCCUGGACCUUUGGGGUGAUUUUGGUUUACAUUACACACAUUCAUCUCCAUGGUAACCCCUAACCUAUGCUUUACUGAGACGCAGAUUGACAUGAAUAAAUAAAUCAUUUGUA